AUGGACAAAGGGGAAAGUGUCAUUGAAAGACAGCUUGGGUUUGUUGAUGUUAGUUGUGACAGGACUGCAACUGCUAAAUCAUCAGUGGUUAAGGGUAAGUUAAGUCAAUGUAAUAAUGUGAAAGAGAAAUUUAUUGGACAGACUUAUGAUGGUGCAUCUGUUAUGUCUGGUCAUCUCAAUGGUGUUCAAGCUCAAGUUCAGCAGGAUUAUCCUUAUGCUCAAUUUGUUCACUGUGCUGCCCAUAGACUAAACCUAGUAUUAUGUCAAGCUGCAUCCUCCAUUUCACCUGUUAAGAUUUUCUUUGUUAAUAUUAGUGCUUUCUGCACCUUUACUAGAAAUUCCCCCAGAAGAAAAGCUUUACUAUCAUCCCAUAGGCUUGGGUUUCCUAGUCCUGGUUACACAAGAUGGUAUUAUAGGGCUUAUGUCAUCAAUGUCUUGCAUUCUAACUAUGAGAAACUGAUAGACAUAUUUGAAAAUCUUACUGAUAAUCCAAUAGGUUGGGAUGAUGAAACGUUAAGUAAGGUUACUGGUUUACUUGGCUACCUAAAUGGCUUCUUGUUUUGUUUCUUGGUACAUGUUUUCCAGAGAAUUCUUGAGCAGUCAUCCAUACUUUAUUCUAUCUUGCAAGACAAGAACACUGACUUUCAUUAUGGAAUGAGUAGGUUUGAGAGAUUCAAGGCCUUUGUUGCUUCUCUGAGAAAUGAUACAGAAUAUUGUCAGGUGUACGACCUGGCUGUUGAGAAAGUGGACCACCAGUAA